GAUAACAGCAACAGUAGGAGGAGGAUGAGCCGUGGGACCGCCCCACUCUCCCACAGAUAUAAAUAGGAGGUGGAUUUUUUUACUCCACUCAUUUCUCCUGAAGGAUGAGAUCCCUGAAACACCUCAAACAUCACUCCAGGAACAAUGUGGAGGAGGAGAGUAGCCGCUUGGUGCGAGCCUACCCCAAGAUGACUGAGGGCCAAGUGGAUGUGGGCACGCAGACGGAGCCUGUGGUGGUGCUAUCUCUGGCUCAGGCAGCUGUUCUUGGCCUCAUCUCCCAGAAUGAAAUCUUUGGGGCCACCAUUGCUCCAAAUGGCUUUUACACUGGGGAGCCCAGAGAGUGCCACCCUCCUCCACCUGAAGCAAUGGAGUAUGAGUACGCUGACCAGCUGAUAGGGGCCAACGGGGACUACCUGGCUGAGCCUGCAGGGGAGCCGGAGCCCCAGCCCCACUGCAGUGAAAGGAGGCGGCCCGGGCCCCGUGGGAGGACCAAAAGGCCGAGGACCGAUGGAGAAUUAGAGAGUCACCCACACAAAGUACCAAGUCCACAGGCACAGGUUAAAGGUGAAAGACUCGAGUCUGAUACCCCUCCUUCCUGCAUUCAUAUGAACAGCAGGCGCAGUCCUGGCAAGUCUGAUGAGCCAGUGACCCAACAAGGGUCUCUGAAAGAGGAGCAGGCCUGUGGAAACUGUGCCUCAUGUGUGAGAGAUACGCCCAGGCCUCAAACAGACGGACAGCCAGAACAGGAACAUGAAGAAAGCACUGGCAGAGACAGAGAGAGGAAGGAAGAAGAGCUGGUGGUGGCAGAAGAAGAAGAGGAAGAAGCACUAAACCUCAAGACCGGUGGAGACACUGGCAGUCCUCUGGAGAACCGCUAUUAUGAGUCCAAUGAGGUGGCCUAUGAGUCUGGUGACAUGUCCCUGCCAGGAGAGUAUGAAGAGAAUGGCCAGGCCAUGCUGUGGUCAGACCCAGAGGGUCUCGCCAGGCGAAUGCAGAUUGACCGGCUGGACAUCAACGUACAGAUUGAUGAGUCUUACUGUGUAGAUGUGGGAGAGGGCCUGAAACGCUGGAAGUGCCGCAUGUGUGAGAAGUCGUACACAUCCAAAUACAACCUUGUCACUCAUAUCCUGGGGCAUAAUGGAAUUAAGCCCCAUGAAUGUCUACACUGUGGAAAGCUCUUCAAGCAGCCGAGCCACCUACAGACUCACCUGCUCACCCACCAGGGAACCCGACCUCACAAGUGCACUGUUUGUGAGAAGGCCUUCACGCAGACCAGCCACCUCAAGAGGCACAUGCUGCAGCAUUCAGACGUCAAGCCCUACAGCUGUCGCUUCUGCGGCCGUGGCUUCGCCUACCCCAGCGAGCUGAGGACCCACGAGAACAAACAUGAGAACGGCCAGUGCCACGUCUGCACCCAGUGUGGUCUGGAGUUCCCAACCUACGCGCACCUGAAGCGCCACCUGACCAGCCACCAGGGCCCCACCACAUACCAGUGUACAGAGUGCCACAAGUCCUUCGCUUACCGCAGCCAGCUCCAGAACCACUUGAUGAAGCACCAGAACGUGCGGCCCUACGUUUGCCCCGAGUGUGGCAUGGAGUUUGUGCAGAUCCACCAUCUCCGGCAGCACGCCCUCACUCACAAGGUACUGGCAGCGCACGCCCUCGCACUUAAGGGUAUGAAAGAAUUCAAGUGUGACGUCUGUGCCAGAGAGUUCACCCUGUCUGCCAACCUGAAGAGACACAUGUUGAUCCAUGCCAGCGUGAGGCCCUUCCAAUGCCACGUCUGCUUCAAGACCUUUGUCCAGAAGCAGACCCUAAAAACGCACAUGAUUGUCCACCUGCCGGUCAAGCCUUUCAAAUGCAAGGUGUGCGGAAAGUCGUUCAACAGAAUGUACAACCUCCUCGGCCACAUGCACCUCCAUGCCGGCAGCAAGCCCUUCAAGUGUCCUUACUGCACCAGCAAGUUCAACCUGAAGGGCAACCUCAGCCGGCACAUGAAGGUCAAACACGGCAUCAUGGACGCCUCAAUAGACGGACAAGAACCCCCCCAAGAAACAGAAGGCCAGGAGGACUACGAGGAGGAAAGCUUUGAAUUCAGCGAGCGAGAAAACCGGGCUAACAACAACAACACACCAGACAUUGCUAAACUAUCUCAAAUGGAGUAUUACAGCACCUAUGGGAAGGGCGCAGGGCGCUUCAGCACUGCAUGAAUUAUUGAAAUGACCCCAAAUUGAAUUUAAGUGUGAACUAAUGAAAACGGGAUUUUUUUUGUUUUGUUUUUUGCUGUUAAAGGCAUAGUGCUUGGGUUGUUCUUCAAGGGCAUGAAGAAGCCCAGCAAACUGCACAUUCAUAUGCACUGGAAUCACUACAAAAUUUGGAAAUGUAUACUUUUUACCUAAUUACAUAUUUUUCAUCUCUUAAACACUGCAAAUCUACUGAAUAAAUAUAUUAUAUUUGAGAAAAGUGGACUGAUUAAAGUAGGAGCAUUUAGGUAAAAAAAAAAAAUCUAUAUAGAUACGUAUAUGUUGACAAUUGCUUAAAAACAGGAACAUCAUCUGAGCCUCAUUUGGAAAAGCACAUUUUUAGCUACAAGCAUAAAUGCAUAUGGUGAUGUUAUACUGCACUUACUCAUUCAGACAAUCCCGGCCUCUCUCAGUCUGCUGGGGUAAACUAAUGCGAAGGGUUAAAGAAGGGAACAAGUGUUAACUCUUUUCAUGUGCCAAAGCGUUUCAAGUUUCAGAGGUUAACAUUUCACUUUGAUUUAUACUGUGAUAAAUUAAAUUUGAGGUCUGCAAAACAACUUAAAUUCCAUUGGAUUUGCAAUCUGUGUUUUAUUGUAUAUUAUUGUACAGAAUGUAUCAGUCCUCUUAUAUGUUGGCUGGUACUGUAAUCAGUGCGUUGCACUGAGGACCACUGUGUCUUUUUAGGUUUCUGCAUUAACAAGCAUCACCCUGUAUUGAUCUCUAGUCUAUGAAUGUAAUUGUUUCUGUGGAAUGUUUUAAGAUACUAAUGAAAAUAAAAUCAAAACACUCUUU